AUGCUCAUAUCCAAUGAAUACAGGAAUGCACUUAUAGCAUCUGCUCCUACCGUCUUGCCUGGAAAAAAAAAAAAAAUCGAAGAGAGGUGCAAGAUGAAACUGGUGGAGUGUCCUAGGGGACGAGACCUGCAGGCCAGCGCCUAUUUACUUUCUCAAUGCCCUCUGCGAAAUGUGUCUAAGAGCCAUGGACGGCCAGAUACCACUCAGAUGCUCCGCCCAUGGGAAUCUAUUUUUACCAUAUCCACCCUUUUCUUCGUGUUUGAUAUCCUCCUGCUCUUUGCUUGCUCCCGGCUUGCUCAUUGGCCGCGCCUCCAUCUCGGUCCUCUGGGGGGGGAUAAAGGGGGGUGUAGAGCAGCCCUGAGGCCGGCGCGAGAUCAUACCUCUGCUGUUUCUCAUGGCCAGAUAUCUGUCCCGGAUGGCAGCUCUCCUUUCUGCUGGACUCAGGCGCCUGUCCUGGCAGAGGCUGCAUCUGGCCUCUGCUUUCCCCUCCGUUCAAUUUCUGGGUUAUCCUCUUUCGAGCAUUCGAAGGAGGCUGUAUCUGCCUUUUCUUUCUUAACUCUAAUCCUUAUAAAGUCGACUGAGUUUGUCCUUGAACUGGGAGUCUUUCAAUUCAGAUCUCAACCACCACGGCUUUUGAUAACUCUGCUACACGCUCUAUAUACCCAGAUACUUGUUUAUUGUUUAAUUGACUAUCCUUCCUUUGGGCUCGGCGUCUGCUCUUUACUAUACCAAUCCACAAAGCCCAACACUGUCACCAUGUUCAUUGAACGCCGCCGAAGCACAGGUGAUGGCUACCAGAAGAGAGUCCUGUUCAGUCCCAAGGGGUUCACACAGCACCUAUGCGAGGACAUGGCCGCCCAUGGAUUCUUUGCAGAAGAGGAGUUGAGUGAUAUGGACGACGCCGUCAAUCUCACAGGCUGUCCCCGGGAAUCUGUAAGGGCAUCUCAGUCCUCCCGAGUCCGCAUCCGCAUCUCCGUCAGCCCACAGGGAAAAGGCCAUCGUCGGUCUUCCAGCAUCCAACGAGACGUUGAAUACGAUGAACCACGGAACACUACGCUUUCCCUGACCAACAACAGCUCGAUUGCUGGCCUCCGCAGGAAACGGUCUCCUUCUCCAACACCUUCAAUGACAUCAACUUCAUCUACCGAGGAGGUCAUUCGGCCCUCCAGGAAGAAGACCACUAUUAUGAAGCCGCUGAAUAAGUUCAAGGAGGUCGUUCCGGUUGUGCACAUCCCAGAAUUCAAAGAGCUACCCGUCAAAUCGAGACGCUUCAGAGAAGUGUCCCCCUCUGCCUGCCGCAAGGGUGAUCCUGUCGUUAUCACUCCAAGAGUCAAGCCGACGGUGCCUAGGAAUACGACGCCUGAAGCAACCAAGGGCAACGCUACGUCUUCACCCAAAGAUGGGAAGAAGAAGGUCCGUUUCGUCCUGGGAGAUGAUGACGGGAGACGCGAGAGUCCUCCUGUUCACGGUGUAGCCAAGCGUCUUUCUUGA